CCGCCUUUGGUCAAAUUUGACUAAAUUUACUUCGUUAUCAAUGAUGAGCAGCUGACAGAGCUCAGAGAAAAUGCAGCCUCUCUACUCAGCUUCGCAGUGUAUUCCAUGGCUUGUGCUAACAGAGCUCAGAGAAAAUGCAGCCUUUCGGCUCAGCUUCAGAGUGCAUUCCAUGGCUUGUGGUCCUCAUCAUCGAAUGUCUGGCCAUUGUCAUCCUCAAUAUCAUCACCAUUGUUGUUUUUGUGAAGAUGAAGUGUCGGCUACAGCGGCGGAGUACAUAUUUGAUCAUCCAUCUGGCGAUAGUCGAUCUCUUAGUGGGCGCAGUCUCUGGGCCACUAAACAUUGAAGAAAGGAUAGCGUGGUUCUGUCCUCUAUGGAAGAUCAGACGAAUGACUAAUUGGUCUUAUCAUUUAUCUUUUGCAUUUGUAAAUUUAUUCUCGUUCACUUCCCUUACAAAUCUUAUUGCCAUUUCCUUAGAACGGCUACACGCAACAUUCUGUCCAUUCAGGCAUCGCUUUAUGAGGAAAUGGGUUUACAGAGCCAUAAUUAUUGUCAUUUGGUUAAUAGCUAUUGUUAGAGAGGUCGCUCAAAUUUUCUUAUGGGAAAUUAGUUAUUUUGAGGUAAUUCAUACUUACUUGUAUAUCCUAUUUUAUGCAGUUUCUUUAUUUGUUAUCUGUGUAUCAUACAUCCUCAUUACCAUCAAAGUACGAUAUAGUCGUCAUCCUCAAUUUCUUUCUAGGUCCAAAAGAGAAAGAAAACUGACGGGUACUGCGCUUACCGUCUCACUUGUAUCGUUACUUUGUUUUCUACCAUUGAUAAUAUAUUUAGCAUGUGCUGGCCUUUCCUUUUCUUCUUUCGCGAAUUUUCAUAUUUAUCUGGCUAUGUUAGUUCUAUUUCUAGCUAACUCACUUGUAAAUCCUAUAAUUUACGUUCUUCGGAUGCCAGGAUUCAGAGAAGGUUUAUUACAGCUAGUUUACAGGAACCCAGACAUUUCUAACGCCUCAGCAAACCUACCACUUCGUAACCUUAGAAGAGUGUAG